AUGGCGGUAUUAGGGCGUCGAUUGCCAUUUCAAAGUGUCAUGAACGAGUGUGAUGUGUAUGGUGACAUUGAGUCGAUGAGUUUAUUUCAAAUAGGAUCAGAAGAUAGAGUUGUUUAUGUGUUUACAAAGUUAAAGAAGAUGAGUAGCCAGCAGAUUAAACGCACGGUGGCAAUCGGGAAGUGUACGUGGAUGGGUUCCGAUAAGGCGAGUCCUGUAUUAGAUCCACAAAAGAAGAAUACUAUAAUCAGAUGGAAGAGAAACUUUGCUUACGAGAUCACAAAGACCAGGGCCAAACUCGGAUACAACAUGACUGAGUAUAGCCUUCCCGCCUCUACAUUGAACAGUGGAAGAGUUUUCUUCAAAGACUAUGUUCUUUGCGGCAUUAAGAAGAAGAAACCACCACAAACGAAUCACUCACAGUCACAGGACAACUUUCAAGAACUAAUAGAGGGUGACUUGUUUGCCAUGUUAGCAGAAGAUCAUUAUCAUUAUGAAGCUGCUCCGUUGCUACCAUACGAGCAGAUUGCAUUAGGUGUCCCUAUUCCCCAAUUUGAAGGAUUUCCAUAUCAACAACACAUGAGCAGGGCAGUGGCCCCAGAAUUUGGUGCAUUAUAUUCUGGAAGAGACGGGUCUGCAGAAUUUCAAGCGCCAAAUAGUAUCAUGGCUGCCUUAGCAGAAGAUAAUAGUGAAGUUAUUCCCCAGGCAAUCAAUAAUGAGCCAAGCCUUUCGGUGGCCCAACUUGAAGGAUAUCAGUAUGAGGAAUACAUGAACUAUAAUAAUAACAUGGGGACAACACCAGUUGCACAAUGUGGAUCCAUCACAGAUGCAUCAAUAGCACUUGAAUCAGUAGAGUCUCCAAUAUUAGAAGAAUGCUGCUUGCUUGCUCUGGAAACAUGGGAUUACACUGAUCUAUUUAUGCUGGAUAAUACAAAUUGGGACGGUAUCGCUAGGGAAUUCCUUGUUGAACUGUUGCAUGGUGAUUAG